UGGUAGUAGAAAAUAAAAAUAAUUUACGGAUUUCUGGAAGCAUUUUGGACAGUAUAUAGGUAUCAGAGCACGCACCUGUCGAGCCCGGUCACGUGAUCGACGACUUAUGUCAUCGUCAUCCAUGUGCACCGUGCACCCGGUGUAGAUUUAUUUUGUGAUUUUCUAUCGCAACGUGAGACGUGCGAGAAUAGCACGAGGAUCAAAGCGUGUUAAAGUGAUUAAAACGCAACGACAAUGACCCAAUGACAAUCAGUUAUGCGUUAUCAAGUACGCAGGUGAACAAUGAUAAUUGUAAAAAGAUGCCGCUGGUUCACUGGAGCUGUCAGUUUGCUGUCACAUAAAACGUAUUCCAGCCUCAAGCUGUUAAACCCUAGGGCUGUGAAUUUUAGACCAUGUACAAAGAUUCCUUUCUCCGCGGUAUGCCAUAAGUACAAAUAUGAAGCGAGUCCCAAUGUACUCAGGACGACCUAUUCUUUGUUAAGGAUAGAAGAUACAUUGACUUGUGUCAAGUUACCAGAUUCACAGCGGAAGAGAUGCUUGAGCAUCGCCGCAAAGCUAGUCAAUAAUGCCUCACCUAAAGUACAACCGUAUAUGAAACUUAUGAGAAUAGACAAACCGAUAGGAAGCUGGUUACUAUUUUGGCCCUGUGGAUGGAGUAUCGCCAUGGCGGCUUCUGCCGGCGCCUUACCAGAUCUCCAUAUGUUAGCGCUUUUUGGUACGGGUGCAUUCAUAAUGCGCGGUGCGGGAUGCACCAUAAAUGACAUGUGGGAUCAGGACAUUGACAAAAUGGUAGCCAGAACGAAGGACAGACCUUUGGUAACUGGUCAAAUAACGCCAAAACAGUCGUUAAUGUUUCUAGCUGGACAAUUGAGUUUAGGAUUACUUGUUUUGUUGCAACUAAAUUGGUACAGCGUAUUUCUCGGUGCCAGUUCACUAGGUCUAGUAAUAAUUUAUCCCCUUAUGAAAAGAAUAACGUACUGGCCGCAAUUAAUUCUGGGAAUGACUUUUAAUUGGGGUGCCUUACUAGGGUGGUCAGCUAUACACGGAUCGUGCGAUUGGUCUAUAUGCUUGCCCCUCUACGUAGCUGGUAUUUGUUGGACUAUUAUGUACGAUACGAUAUAUGCUCAUCAAGAUAGAAAGGAUGAUAUUUUGCUAGGCAUGAAGUCGACCGCUAUAAAAUUCGGGAAGGACACGAAAUUCUAUUUGUCUGGUUUUGGAAUAGUGAUGAUUGCGAGUUUAAUCACCUCCGGUGUAUUAACUACUCAAACUUGGCCAUACUAUACUGCUGUUGGAUUGAUUGCAACGCAUAUUAGCAACCAGAUAUAUACUUUGAACAUUAACAAUCCCACGGAUUGCGCCAAAAAAUUUAUGUCUAAUCACAAAGUAGGUAUGAUAUUAUUUAUUGGUAUUGUGUUAGGAAACUUAAUGAAAAAGUCAAUCGUAAAAAAAGAAAAUGAAAUUGAAGAAAGAAAGCACCUAAGUGUUGUAUUAGAUGAAAAAUUAGAUGAAAUAAAAAAUAGGUAUGAUUUAUAAUUACGAAUUUCAAUAUAGCAGUCUUAAAUUAUGUAAAAUUAGCACUUUGAAUUAUGUAAAUUUAGGUAAAACUAGUAUUUUAAAUUAUGUAAAU